AUGCCAUUAAGAAUCGACAUCAAUUAUGGCCAAAUGGCCGCAUUCCAUACACCAUCAGCAGUCAAUACAGCAGCUACAGGUAAUCAAUUCAUGAGGAUAAGUUCUUAG